UCAAGGUCUUUAUUAGGCAGAGAAAAACUCAACAGGUACAAUGCAGACCAAGCAGAUGGAAUUAAUACAAUUAAUUGCUGUGUUCCUCCUAUUCUGGGUCGGGGUUGAGGCUGUUAUCAACCUUAAAUAUGGAAUAAACGAAGAGAUGAAGCCCGGGUCAGUGAUUGGAAACGUGACAAAGGAUGCACUAAAGCAAGGAUUUCAGAUCGCACCGCAGCCCCCUUACUUACGGGUUAUUUCCAAUUCUGAACCACGAUGGGUGGAACUCAGUCCAGCCGGAAUCCUUACAACCCAAAUGAAAAUAGAUCGGGAUGUAGUUUGUCGACAGAACCCAAAGUGCAUUAUUUCCCUAGAAGUGAUGUCAAACUCUAUGGAGAUCUGUGUCAUCAAAGUAGAAAUUGAGGAUUUGAACGAUAACGCGCCGAGAUUCCCAACGAGCCACAUUGACAUUGAAAUUUCAGAGAAUGCCUCCCCUGGUACCAGGUUUCCCCUAGAGGGGGCAAGCGAUCCGGACUCGGGGAUCUUUGGAGUGCAAUCAUAUUCUAUCACCCCAAAUGAGCUUUUCGGACUAGAAAUAAAGACCAGAGGGGAUGGGUCCAAAAUUGCUGAACUUGUCGUGCAAAAAUCGUUAGACAGAGAGACCCAGUCUCACUAUACAUAUGAAAUCAGCGCAGAAGAUGGAGGAGACCCUCCAAAGAUAGGCGCGGUCCAGUUAAAUAUCAAGGUAAUUGAUUCUAAUGACAACAAUCCUGUUUUUGACGAGCCAGUGUACACAGUCAAUGUGAUGGAGAAUUCCCCUAUCAAUACAUUAGUCAUUGACUUGAAUGCAACGGAUCCUGACGAGGGCACUAAUGGAGAGGUUGUGUACUCGUUCAACAGUUACGUCACCGAAAAAACGAGGGAUGCGUUCAAAAUUGACCCCAGAACCGGGAUCAUCACUGUCAACGGUGUUUUGGAUUAUGAAACAGCGCAAAUAUAUGAGAUCGACGUCCAGGCCAAAGAUUUAGGUCCCAACUCUAUCCCAGCUCACUGCAAAGUCACAGUGAAUGUGAUGGAUACGAACGAUAACCCACCUGUCAUCAGUUUACUCUCACUGAACACAGAGAUGGUCGAAGUUAGUGAAAAUGCACAGCGUGGAUAUGUCAUUGCAUUAGUCAGGGUGUCUGAUAAAGAUUCUGGGGCAAACGGCAAAGUGCAGUGCAGGCUGCAGGGCAACGUACCGUUCAGACUUCAAGAAUAUGAGAGCUUCUCCACUAUACUUGUUGAUGGCAGGCUGGACAGAGAGCAAAAGGACACAUAUAACCUAACCAUCCAAGCGGAGGACAGUGGCAUCCCUCCUUUACGCGCCACAAAAUCUCUAGUAGUCAAAGUCACAGAUGAAAAUGACAACCCUCCCCACUUCCUCAAGCCACACUAUCAAGAGAUGGUGAUGGAAAACAACCUCCCGGGCUCAUGUCUGCUCGCAGUAUCAGCAGAAGACCCGGACCUGGGGAUGAAUGGCACCGUUUCAUACUCCAUAGUCCCCGGUGAGAUUAAGCACAUGGAUGUAAACACAUAUGUCAGCAUAAACCCAUCAGGCCGCAUUUACUCCAUGAGAUCAUUCGAUCAUGAAUACACCAGGACUUUUGAUUUCAAAGUUUUGGCCAGAGACAAUGGCAAUCCCUCUUUAUCAAGUAACGCGACUGUGCGUAUUGUCGUUUUGGAUGUCAACGACAACACACCUGUUAUGACAAACCCUCCUCUUGUUAAUGGCACCGCAGAGGUUUCCAUCCCCAGAAACGCUGGGUUGGGUUACAUGGUGACCCAGGUGAAAGCAGACGAUUAUGACGAGGGGGAGAACGGGCGGCUGACUUACACCAUCUCAGAGGGGGACAGGCCUUUCUUUGAAAUCGACCAGGUGAACGGUGAGGUGCGCUCCACGAGGAUGUUUGGAGAAAACGCCAAAUCCACCUAUGAGAUCACAGUGGUGGCCAGAGACCACGGCAAGCCCUCCUUGUCCGCCUCGGCCUACAUUGUGGUGUACCUGUCCCCAGACCUGAACGCGCAGGAGUCUAUUGGACCUGUCAACCUUUCCCUCAUCUUCAUCAUCGCCCUGGGCUCUAUCGCAGCUAUCCUGUUUGUCACCAUGAUUUUUGUGGCAGUCAAAUGCAAGAGGGACAACAAGGAGAUCCGGACGUAUAACUGCAGGGUGGCGGAGUACUCAUAUGGCAGCCAGAAGAAGUCCAGCAAGAAGAAGAAGCUGAGCAAGAACGACAUCCGCCUGGUGCCACGUGACGUCGAGGAGACAGACAAGAUGAAUGUGGUGAGUUGCUCAUCUCUCACCUCCUCGCUCAACUACUUCGACUACCACCAGCAGAGCCUGCCUCUGGGCUGCAGGCGCUCCGAGAGCACCUUCCUCAACGUGGAGAACCAGAACUCACGCAAUGCAGCUCCCAACCAUGGCUAUCAGCACCCGUUCACUGGGCAGGCCCACCAGCAGCCAGACCUCAUCAUCAACGGCAUGCCACUGCCAGAGACGGAGAAUUAUUCCAUUGACUCCAGUUAUGUGAACAGCAGAGCCCACCUCAUUAAAAGCACAUCGACAUUCAAGGACCUGGAGGGGAACAGUCUGAAGGACAGUGGCCACGAGGAGAGCGACCAGACCGACAGCGAACACGAUGUCCAGAGAGGACACUAUGUUGACACGGCUGUCAAUGACGUGCUGAACAUGACUGUCCCCCCUAAUGUUUGCCAGCUGCCUGACCAAGAUCCCAGUGAAGGCUUUCACUGCCAAGAUGAGUGUCGCAUCCUAGGCCACUCUGACCGCUGCUGGAUGCCUCGUGUCUCCAUCCCAGCACGUGCCAAGUCACCUGAGCACGCCCGUAAUGUCAUCGCUUUGUCUAUCGAGGCCACCACAGUGGAUGUGCCCCACUAUGAGGAUGGCACCACCAAGAGGACUUUUGCCACCUUCGGCAAGGAUGGGCCUGAGGACGUGGAACGGGGCGAGAUUAAGGGAAAGCGGACUCAGGAGUCUCAGGUGUGUAGCCCCAAGGCCAAUGGAGGGGCCGUCCGUGAAGCUGGCAAUGGGCGUGAGGCAGCUAGCCCCAUUACUUCCCCUGUGCACCUGAAGAGCCCAAUGUCCAAGCCGUCAUCUGCCUACAACACAUUGAAAUGCCGCGACGCAGAGCGAAUUGCCAACCACAGCCUGCUGCGGCAGCCGGAGGGGAAGGACAGUGAGCCGGCUGUCAGGGAGAUCAACACGCUUCUCCACGAUGGCCGAGACAAGGAAUCCCCAAGCAGCAAGCGCCUGAAGGACAUUGUGCUUUAGCGAGCUUCUCUAUGACACACACCAACAUGCUUACACACAUACAGUGUAAACUCAC